AUGUUUGAUCAUCAUAUGUUCGGAUCUGGUUACGUUACUGAUGGUAUUCAUGUUUAUUAUCGUGGAGAACGAAUUAAUUCAAUGACAACUAUGUCAUUUGAAGACCUUGGUUUUGGUUAUGGUCGUGAUCCUUUUCAAAUGUGUUUUGCUGGUCAUAUUAUUAAUGGAGCACAUCCGAAUUCAUUUCAAGUACUUGAUGAUGGCUAUGCAAAAGAUAUAUUUCAUGUUUAUUAUCAAGGUGACAAAAUGCCUGGACUAAUGGCAUCAACAUUUGUUUCAUUAGGCAAUGGUUAUGCUAAAGAUUCAUUGAAUAUUUAUUACUAUGGUCGUAAAGCAGAAAGUAUUAAUCCAAUAGUAUUUUAUACAUCUUUGCAUUAA